AACAGAUAUCUUCCAUCCUUUUGCAGAUUUCCACCCUUCAUAUACAUAUUUCCACCCUAAGUAUUUGAAAAAUAAUUGAGGGAACCUUCCAUGAAAGCAGUGCACCCUUUGUUUGUCCACUCUUCUUUGCACUCAUCCCUGCCCUUCUCUGUUACAAGGUAGAGCCCCUUUGGGCUAAUUAGGCAGCUUAGUAGGCCUUACAUUCUACUGCUAAUUUUGCAUCUUCGUAAGGAUUUUCCAAUCUUGGAAACACAUAUUUGAAGCAUAUCUGAAUUGUGAUCAAGUCUUUCAUUUGACUCAAACCAUUAUUCUCUGCUGGAUAACCCUCUACACAAACUGCAAACACGGCUACAGCAACCAAAGUGGCAGAACUUGCCAGCAUUGAGGAAUCAAUAGGGAAGCCGUAUUACCAGCCCAACUUAAUGAUGAUGGACCCAAACCAGAUGAUGCAGCGUCAGCAGCGCGCCAUAGAGAUGGAGUCAUUUUAUGCGCAGUUUCAGCGCCAUCCUCCGCCCAGACUUCCUACAAAUAUUUGCCCCACUGCUCUCGUCCAGCCUUUUGCAAGCAUGGAUCUUGGUGGGCAACCAAGCGUGAACCCUUGUCCGCCACCACAGGCUCCUCCACCCCAGCGUUAUGUCCCCCCUCAUCUCCGCAAUAGGCCAGCUCAAGGAGACAUGGGUGGGAAUAGUCGCCCCGAGUAUGAUGGCAGCUCCCGCGAAUUUUACCGAGGAGGAUGUGAGCAAAUUGGCCUUUCUAUUCUCGUGGUGGGGGACGAGGGGAUGGAGGUGGAUAUCGUGGUGGUCGUGGAGGCUACAGCAAUACCAGUUUUCAGGGAAGACGUGACUUUGCAAGACCUAAUUAAGGAAUUGUUUUGGAUAUAUCAUGAAUGGGUUGUUCGAUUCAGUGACAGAUUUGAUGGCCCUCAAAAUGACCGCUGGAUUGAGAACGGACCACCUCGUUACGGCAACUCAUCCAACAGAGGCUUCAGUCGGGGAUUUGAUAACAGUAACAGGCGGUGGAAUGAACCAAGGAACAACCGCUGGACUGAGCCAGAACCAUCAGAGGAUGGUUACACGAGCAAUGAGGACUGGUCUGUCCCACUCCCAAGGGAUGACAACAUUGAGCGGGAACUGUUUGCUGAGGCUAGUACAGGGAUCAACUUUGACAAAUAUGAGGACAUUCCUGUAGAGGCCACUGGUGAUGAUGUCACUGGCCACAUUGGCUCUUUCUCAGAGAUCAAGCUGACAGAAAUCAUCAGAAACAAUAUCAUGUUGGCACGAUAUGAGAAGCCAACUCCAGUCCAGAAACAUGCAAUCCCGAUCAUCUUGGGUCGUCGGGACUUGAUGGCAUGUGCUCAGACUGGAUCUGGGAAGACAGCAGCAUUUCUUCUUCCCAUCCUGAACCAGAUCUAUGAAAGGGGACCAUCAAGCAACAAUCCUGAGGAUAACCGUGGAGCAUACCGCCGUCGUCAAUACCCACUAGCACUGAUUCUGGCUCCAACUCGAGAGCUUGCCACACAAAUCUACGAUGAGGCACGCAAAUUCGCAUACCGUUCCCGUGUCCGCCCAUGUGUUGUCUACGGGGGAGCAGACAUUGGGCAGCAGAUGCGGGAUUUGGACAGAGGCUGCCACCUUCUCGUUGCCACUCCUGGCCGCCUGGUUGACAUGAUUGAGCGAGGGAAGGUCAAGCUCGACUAUUGCACGUAUUUGGUGUUGGAUGAGGCAGAUCGUAUGCUGGACAUGGGAUUUGAGCCACAGAUUCGGCGAAUCGUUGAGGGAGACAAGAUGCCUCCAACUGGGGAGCGGCAGACCCUCAUGUUUUCUGCUACUUUCCCCAAGGAGAUCCAGAUCUUGGCUCGGGACUUUUUGCACAACUACGUGUUCCUGGCUGUGGGAAGGGUUGGGUCCACAUCAGAGAACAUCACCCAGAAAGUGGUAUGGGUAGAGGAACAAGACAAGCGCUCCUUCCUUCUCGACCUACUCAAUGCCUCCAAAUAUGAUCAGGACAGUACGGAAGCCUUGACACUGAUCUUUGUGGAGACAAAAAAGGGAGCAGAUUCACUAGAGCACUUCUUGCUUCAAGAGGGCUACCCAGUGACAUCAAUCCAUGGGGAUCGAAGCCAGCGGGAGCGUGAGGAAGCCCUCAAGGUCUUCCGCAUUGGACGCUGUCCCAUCCUUGUGGCUACUGCUGUGGCUGCACGUGGGCUGGACAUCCCACAUGUGAAGCACGUCAUCAACUUUGACCUUCCCACUGACAUAGAGGAAUAUGUCCAUCGCAUUGGGCGUACAGGACGCAUGGGGAACCUGGGCCUGGCAACCAGCUUCUUCAAUGACAAGAAUCGCAACAUCAUCAGGGAUCUGCUCGAGAUCUUGGUUGAGACCAAGCAGGAGAUCCCCACCUGGCUGGAAGGCACUGCUGCUGAGACCAGAGCAUCUGCCAUGGGUCGACGCCAGGGAGGACAGAGACGAUAUGGGUCAGGAGGAUUUGGGUCUCGUGACUACCGUCAGCAGGCUCGUGGGGGUGCCCCACCCAAUCCUCGUGGAAAUGCUGUGUUUGGCGUGCCUGCCUACAACCCAUAUGGAGGGUACCCUGCCUAUGGAGGAGGGUACGGAGGGAGCUACAAUCACUCCACUGCUCCCGACUGGUGGAGUGCCCAAUGAAAACCCACCUUGUCUGAUUUUCCCCUUUCCUCCAGCUCUUUUUUAUGUUCUGGGCUCGAGUUGCAAGAUUCAGCACCAUCACUCCCUCAGUCUGGGUUUCUUGAGGUUGUUACCCAAGUUCAGUCUGAGAAGGAGCCCAGAACAUGAAAGACAAAGCAAUUGUGAAGGAAAACUAAACAAAAUGUGUAUUCAGAUGUUCAUUUAUCCCCUUUACAAGAAUAAGAUGAAAAAAAAAAGAUUGGCACAGAUGUAGGAAAAAUUCCUCUGUGGCUUUGCACAUUUGUAGUUUCUCUCUUGUAAAUUCUUCCCAUUUGUAGUGAUCUGGCCCUCACAUUGGUGGCAUUUCAGCCAUGCUGGAGAAACGAGGUGGUGCUCCUUAAUUGGCAAAGUGCAGAAAUCCAUUUUCUUUCUCUUUUUUUUUUGCAAUUUCUUAUCUCUCCCUCCCUCCCUCCCCUCCUGAGCAGAGAUCUCCAUGCACGCAGAGUUUGAGUCGAUGCGCGUGUCCCCAAUUUUUGCAUUCUAGUCCUCGGAAUGUCGCAUUUGUUUUUUGUCCUGCCGUCGGGACUUCCGACACAGAUGGGAGCUGAGAGGCUCAGCUCCGGACAAGAGAGAGACGUGAAAGUAGAGUUUGCAAUCAAAUAAAUUUGCAAAACUCAACCCAUCCUGUGAGAGACGAGGCAUCACAGGUUGCUUCAUCUGACAAUGGCAUGUUAUUGUGUUAGGCCUAUUUGAUGGUGUUUGUGGUGCUUUUGUCCCUAUUGGUGGUCUUCCACAGAAGCACAUUUUUCAGUUUUGGGACCAAAGUGCUACCAUUGUCCUCAUUGACAUCGUCUCCCUCGAGUCCUUCCCUAAAUGGUAAAACCUAGGCUUAUCGCAGGCGGUUUCGCAAAAAGAAAAACGCCUCUGACACCCAUCUGUGAUAGAACUCUGUGAAGGCAGUAUUUUGCACUAAUUUAUUUUGCGAUUUGCGAACGAAAGAGCGCGGAUCUCGAUCAAAGGUGACACAUUCGCAAAUCUCGGGGGUUUUGCAAGCAAGAGUCCCAAGAAUGCGAUCUUUCAAUCUCCGGGGGCAGCAACUCUCUUGCCUUUACCACUUUGCAAUAAAUGACUGAUUUUGGGGAAAUUGCAAGAACUUUGCCAUUUUGUCCUUAUUUUUGUGUCUUCCGCUCGUGUGGCUCAACCCGGUGCUUGCAUUCAUUUUCUGCCAAGUACAAAACCUGACUACUGUUUUUUUUUUUCUGCAGAAAUCUGCUGAUGAUAUUGGCCAAACACUGUUGAGCAAAUGGUAUGAGUGAGUGAGUGUUUGCAAACUUUUGAAAUUGUUUUCGCAGGGUCUCACCUGUGGUACAAACAAAUUUGAUCUGCUUUGCAUGCCUGGGUGAGCAUGACCUUGCCCAUGAGAAGAGAAAAAAAAAAGAACAGCUGUGAUCAAUAUCAUCAGAGGUACAUCCAAACCUCUUUUAAUAUUUGCAAUUUCAUUUUUUUUUUCUGCAAGAGUUGAGCCAAGGGAAAUGUAUCCCCAUCUUGUCAGUCAUUGUGUUAGAAUCUUAGGGAAAAGAAGAAAUAGGUACUGCUUUCAGAGUUUUGCGCCUUCCAUGUCCAUCAAACUCUUAUGUGAAUAUGGGGGGUCUCUGCUUUGCCAACUAUGAAAGAACAGGAUUGGUAUAUUUCUGCAUGUUCAUUUCUCUGCAGGAGGGAUUUUCCUCUGCACCACCUCGUCUGUUUUCAGACUUGACCUCAAACUAUAUGUUGUAAGUGCCGGGCCAAGAAUUGCAUCUGGCAGGAUGGGGUUUUGUCUUGUUUUUUGUUUCUCCCCAUUUUGCUGCUUCUCUUCCCUGUUGCUUAGACCAGAGUUUUUCUUUGCAAGUUAUUGGGAAAUGCACCCAAAAAUUCUUUGGAAGAAGCUGCCAUUCAGUCUCAUGAAUUGGUGUUCCCCCCUGCUGCUUGUCAAAUAUGAUCACAGAUGACAGUAUUCCUGUUCCUUUUCUUGGUUUCUUCUGAUCAUGUCAUGAUGAAAGUGUGCUUUGUUGUCUUCAAUAUGCCUUAUGUUAUUGCAUCAUGAAACAUUGGUGUGAUAUUUCAUUUCAUGAGAAAUUGUGGUAGAAUUAGAUGUGCUACAAUAUCUUGACUGCAUCAUAAUACAGGUUUUCAGAGAGUUCUUGGGUGCAUUGAUACCGUAAUUAUCCGUGAUGAUUUUUCAAAGACAGAAGAAAUGUUCUGGGUAAUUUAUCCUCCCCCUUUACCAUUCAAAUACAGUAAUAUUGGAUGUCCAAGAUUAAUCCCUCAAUAACAGAAAUUUAUUUCCUUAUCAUUCAUGCUGUUUUUGAGGUGUUCCUUGGAUUUGCAUCUGCAGAAAUCCCAGUUGUUUCUUUCAUUUGGUUCAUAGUUCUUGUUCAAAGCAUUGCAUUCAGGUUUUUCACUGUUGGUCAUCCGGCAAUGUGUUGGUCAGUCUGUCUGUUGUAAGUGGUGAAAAAAAUCUUCAGUUGGUGAAGGUGACAGUAAUAAACCUUCCAAGAAUGUCAG